UCCUAAUUCCCUUCUGCCAAAAUCUUCUUCACUCGAAAAUGACUUAGCUCCAUAACUCCUCAGUCCACUGCCUGCCUGCUCAGUACUCAACCCAUAUACCAAACCCGAGAAAGAUUGAAUUUUUACUUCACAAUUAAGCUAUGGAAAAUGUGACCAUCAAGAUAGAAGAAGAGGAAGAGGGCUUCGUCUUUCCAUUCAGUGAAGGCGGAAGCACUGGUGCUGCUGCUGGUUCAUCUUCUUCACCGAGGCCAAUGGAGGGCUUGCAUGACAUGGGACCACCACCGUUCUUGACCAAGACAUUUGAUAUGGUGGAAGAUCCUUCAACUGAUUCAGUAAUCUCGUGGAGUAAAGCUAGAAAUAGCUUCGUUGUUUGGGAUUCCCAUAAGUUUUCCACUUCUCUGCUUCCCAAGUACUUCAAGCACAGUAAUUUCUCAAGCUUCGUCCGCCAGCUUAAUACCUAUGGUUUCAGAAAAGUGGAUCCCGAUCGAUGGGAAUUUGCAAAUGAGUGUUUCCUUGGGGGGCAGAAACAUCUCCUGAAGACCAUCAGGAGGAGAAGGAAUGUCAUACCAAGCAUUACCCAACAAGAAGGAGGCGGUCCUUGUGUUGAAUUAGGGCACUAUGACUUGGAAGAAGAAAUUGAAAGACUUAAGAGCGACAGAAACUCGUUGAUGGCCGAAGUCUUUAAACUUAAACAACAACAGCAGACUGCAAGGGACCAUGUCAUGGCGAUGGACGAAAGACUUAAGGGUACGGAGAAAAAACAACAGCAGACAAUGAGUUUCCUAGCCAGAGCUUUUAGUAAUCCGACUUUUCUCCAGCCAUAUGUGGAUAGACAUCGACAGAGACAAGAACAACAGCGAAUUCAGAUUGGGCAUAAGAGGAGGCUGACAAUGACCCCCAGUGUGGAGAACCUGCAAGAAGUGGCAUCAAUCGCUGCGGAUGCUGAUCAACUUCUCAAUGACUCAGGCGGAGAGCAAGAACUGGUGAAUAUGCAAAGAGAGAUGGAGACUUUGCUAUUUACUGCAGCAUUGGAUGACGAACCAAGCAGUAUUGUAAACUUGAAUUCACCGUCAAUUCCUACUAGUGCUGCCAAUGUCGAUCCAGUUGCUGAACACAUCUGGGAGGAAUUGCUUACUGGAGAUCUUGUUACUGAAAAUGAAGCAGAAGUUGUGUUGUUGGGAGAUCAACCAGAGGCUGAUGUGGAGGUUGAGGAUUUGGUUGCUGAAACACCUGAGUGGGGUGAGGGUUUCAGUGACCUUGUCGAUCAAAUGGGAUAUCUUAUCGCCAAGCCUGACGAUACAAGCAAAUGAGGCUAAAUGAUUCUCUGAUGUCCUUGACACACAUUCCUGUCUGAGAUUAAGCGGGAGGUGAUGGUUGCAUGGAGGCCAAUCAACUGAUCCUGCUUUUCUGUAUCCUUUUAGUAUCUCAUGGAAAAUAUUUGUAUUCUAGAGUUUCUUAAAGUCUAGAAAGUUUUCCUCUUUUUGACUAGUCUACAUCUUUUGGUGCGUUUUGCAGAUGCAGAUGCUUAGAGAAUGUCACGAGGGAGUCACCUCCAUCAUUCUUUACCGUGUCUUUUGCUCUUCUUGUCCCGUCUCAUUUUGUAUGUUGUUGACUUGUAGUAUCAAGUUCAGAUUUCUUUUGUGUAUGUAUAAAGGAAAACUAACCUGGCUUCACACAGUAGCUGUAAAAUCUUGGAGGCUGGACUCUGACCGGAGAGGUGGCACAACCUAUUCGAUGUUGCAGAAGGUCGAAGCAGAAUGCAGGGUUAUUGUGAAGCUUCUCGAUCUCCACCUGUGAAAAGGGAAGUCCCAAGUCUGUUACAUUACGCGUUGAGGAUUGCAGCUGCUUGCUUAACCUUGACAGGAGUGCAAAGUUAACAUUUUUGCUCCAUUUAUAUUUAGCCAACAAAAGAAGAUGGAAACGUUUAAUCAGGGUACCAGCAGCAUUAAUCUUGGAUUCAAGAAUUCUUUAGCGGUUUUACUCUUUUUCCUUUUUCGUGAUUUCUCCAGCUGAUUCUUUUUGUAUUUUUGUUGGUGGCAGUCUGAAUUGACUUUGGUGGUUGCUUGGUAUUGCAGUUUUAUAGUGGUGCCCUUCUUUUACUUAAUUGUGAUCAGAAACAGUUGUUCUUUAGAGUUCAUUGGAUGCUAAAACUUGAUGUUUCCA